CUCUCAGCUCCUUGCUUCUUUGCUCAGGAAACCCCGUGCCUCUCUCUUUCCUUCUCGGAGCCGAAGAUCAGGAGCGUGCACAUCGUUUCGUGUCUUUCUAGACUUAAAAAUGCGUUACAUGGCCGCUUACCUGCUUGCUACCCUUGGUGGUAACAGCAGUCCCUCAGCAAAAGAUAUCAAGAAAAUCCUAUCCAGCGUAGGAAUCGAAGCUGAUCAAGAUCGCCUGGACAAGAUUAUAUCUGAGCUUGGUGGAAAAAAUGUCGAUGACCUCAUCAAUAACGGCCUUUCAAAGCUGUGUUCAGUACCAUCUGGGGGUGCCGUGUCUGCUGCUGCUCCUGCAUCAGCUCCAGCUGCUGGAGCUGCUGCACCAGCUGCAAAGAAGGAAGAAGUAAAGGAAGAAUCUGAAGAGUCUGAUGAAGACAUGGGAUUUGGGCUCUUUGAUUAAAUGCUUUCUUGUAACUUAAUAAAAAUACUUUCCAUCAGA